GGGGUUUCUGUACCCUGUUUUUGUAGAUCUUUGCUACAAGCGACGCAUUCACGCCCUCGAUCAGGCGGCUGGCGUUUGCCUCGACGGAAGCAAGCACUGCCUCUUCCAGAUCGGCCUCCCUCUCCCUCUUUGUGGCUCUUGCUCGCCUUUGUUUCUCGUCUCCUUUUUUCAGUUGUGUGCUUAUCUCAGCCGGUUGUCGCCCUUCCUGCGACAACAACGACGACUGGUCUCCUUCCUACCCUCUCCGGGCGACGAGCACAUCCCACUAUCUGUUCGUUGUGCGAGCACUACGAUAGCAACUACUGUUGUGCAUUGCCCGCCAGUCCUUUUCCUAUCCGUGUCGCUCAGAGGAUAGCGUAAUCUUCUCUUCUUCCUCUUGAUCUCUAUAUUUGAGGGGUUCCUCGACUCUGUAGCAACAGCGCGUCUUCGUCCCUUCUUGAACGCCGCUCCCUUCGCACGCAAGUUGCCCCGCCGUCGCCUCGCCAUCGCCAUUCGCCUCACCGGCGCCGUCGCCUCACCACCGCCGGCGCUUUGACGCCUCUACUGAUCUCUCAUCGGUGGCCUUGUCGAGGCCGAUGUUCCAGUGACAGAAUUGUGGAGAGCUCUUGAGUAAUGAUUAUUUCCAGCAAAAUCUUCCAGAAGACCCACUAUGAAGUACUGUCAAUCAAAGAAGAUGCGAGUUAUGAAGAGAUCAGAGUAAGCUAUAAAUCUGCCAUUCUGAAUUCUCAUCCUGAUAAGGUGUACAACAAAUCGGAUUCAAGUAGGAAUUAUCAAGAGCCAAAGCAAGAAUUCCUAGAUGUGCAGAAGGCCUGGGAGGUGCUUUCAGAUGUUAAGUUGAAGGCAAUCUAUGACAAGGAGUUGCAAGCUUCAAGAGAGAUUCUGGAACUUCCAGCCAAUGAAAUUGAAUUAGGGGAUAUGACUCUUGAGAAUGAUGGUGAUUCUCAGCAACUCCUCUAUGAAUGUAGAUGUGGUGAUUAUUUUUUGAUCACCUCAUUGGACCUCAAAGAAAUGGGUAUUUUAUUGGAUGCAGUGACAUUACAAUUACAUUCAUCUAUCGAUUCAGCACCCAUUUCAGUGCUUAUUCCAUGUAGCUCAUGUUCACUUAGAGUUCGCUUGAUCAUAGAUCACUUUUCUUGAAUUCUUGGUUCCAUGCCAUUAGUACAUUUUGCUGUGUAGUUUCAAUGUAAUGUUUUGUCUGGAUGGUUAGAUAUCAAGUGUGGUGAUUAUGCUAUCCCUACGUGUUUAAAUAUAUAUGCUGUGGUUGAAAUGAAUUGA